AUGGCUCUGGAGUCCCACAUGCACCAGACUAGCACUAUCAGCAUGGAUGAUGAUGCCAAAUGGUUGGAGUGGGUAACUAAACAGUUCGAAAAUAUCGCCGGCGAGGAUAAGGAGAUUGAUUUGGAAGAAUUCAAGACAGCUCUCAAAGUGAAAGAGUCCUUCUUCGCAGAAAGGUUUUUUGCUCUGUUUGACUCUGAUGGGAGUGGCAGCAUAAGCCUGGAUGAAUUGCUGAAGGCUCUAAAUCUCCUUACGCAUGGGAGUGAAACAGACAAGCUACGCUUCCUCUUCCAAGUCUAUGAUGUCGAUGGCAGCGGCUCCAUUGACCCUGAUGAGCUGCGCACGGUCCUCAAAUCCUGCUUGCGGGAAAGUGCCAUAUCGUUGCCGGAGGAGAAGUUGGAUGACCUCACUCUGGCGCUCUUUGAAUCUGCUGAUAAAGACAACAGUGGCACCAUUACCUUUGAGGAGCUUAAGGAGGAGCUAGAAAACUUUCCAGAAGUAAUGGACAACUUAACAAUCAGCGCUGCCAACUGGUUAAAACCACCGAUUGCGGAGAACUACACAAGAAAACCCCCCCGUUACCUGACUCCAGCCUACUGGCACAAUAACAGCCGCAAGCUGCUCUUCAUGUGCUGCUACCUGCUGGUCAACAUCUUGCUUUUUGCAUUUGCGGCAGUGAACCACAGCAGCAUUGGUGAAUGGUAUAUGGUGGCAAAAGGCUGUGGCCAGUGCCUUAACUUCAAUUGCACCUUCAUCGUGGUCCUGAUGCUGCGCCGAUGCCUGACCUGGUUAAGAGCCACCUGGGUGGUGAAGGUGUUGCCUCUGGACCAGCACGUGCUCCUGCACCAGCUGGUGGGAUUUGCUAUCUGUGGACUGAGUAUCGCUCAUGCGGCUGCACAUGUUGUCAACUUUGCGAAAAUGACUCACACAGAUGGAACCUACCAGCUGUGGGAGUAUCUGUUUACCACAAGGCCUGGGAUUGGAUGGAUAUAUGGAUUGGCUUCCAUCACUGGCAUCAUCUUGCAGUUCCUCAUCGUUUUGAUGUUAAUCUGCUCAAGCACGUUCAUUCGCAGGAGUGGACACUUUGAGCUCUUUUAUUGGACUCAUUUGUGCUAUAUUUGGGUCUGGGGUUUGUUAAUUCUUCACUGCCCCAACUUCUGGAAGUGGUUCGUGGCCUCGGGAUUCUUGUUUCUCAUGGAAAAAAUAGUCGGAAUUACAGUAUCGCGCAUUGGUGGGACACAGGUCGUGGAAGUCAACUUGCUGCCAUCUAAGGUCACCCAUCUUGUUAUCAAGAGGUCGGCUUUCUUCCACUACAAGCCAGGAGACUAUGUAUAUCUCAACAUCCCAGAGAUUGCCAAAUAUGAGUGGCAUCCAUUUACGAUCAGCAGUGCUCCAGAACAGCAAGACACUAUCUGGCUUCACAUCAGGUCCCUUGGCCAGUGGACCAACCAACUGUACGAGUACUUCCGUCUACCUGGGCAACCGGGCAACGAGCCAAAGAGGCUGACGAGAAACCUGCGGAACAAAAAGCACCAGAAAUGUGCACAGGAACACACGAUCAACUCAGCUGGCUUUCACGAUUCAGUCGCAACCAACAAGGAUGAUAAAGUGGAGCUGACGUCUUAUAAACAGUGCAGGCGAUGUCAUAGUGAAUCUUUGGAAAUCUCCGUCAAGGUGGAGGGCGCCGAUGGACCUCAGCCCAGGGAGGUGUCCACAAAAUUGGGUGAGAAUCAUCAGUACUGCAACAUUAAGUGCUACAUUGAUGGCCCUUAUGGGACUCCAACCAGGACAAUCUUUACCUCAGAGCAUGCAGUGCUGAUUGGAGCUGGAAUAGGUAUCACCCCAUUUGCCUCUAUUUUACAAAGCAUUAUGUACAGGUAUCGCAUGAGCAAACAGAAUUGUCCCAAUUGUAACUACUCCUGGUGUGAAAACGUCAAGGAUAAUGAGAUGAGUCUGAAAAAGGUUGACUUUAUCUGGAUCAACAGAGACCAGAAGUCCUUUGAGUGGUUUGUUAGCCUCCUGACUAAACUGGAGAUGGACCAGGCUGAUGAGGAGAUUCAAGGCAGAUUUCUGGAGAUGCAUAUGUACAUGACAUCGGCCCUCAGUAAAAAUGACAUGAAGGCCUUGGGUCUACAAAUGGCUCUGGAUCUUCUGGCAAAGAAGGAGAUGCGUGAUUCUAUUACAGGCCUACGCACAAGGACCCAGCCCGGCCGGCCAGACUGGAGCAAGGUUUUUCAAAGGAUUGCCGAGGAGAACAAGGGAAAGGUCCACGUGUUUUUCUGCGGUUCCCCAGUCUUGGCUAAAACAAUCAAGGCUCAGUGUGAGCGAUUUAGCUUCAAGUUCUACAAAGAAAACUUCCAGUGACGUGUUAUGGUUGUGCAUCAACACGGGCUUUCCUCUGAUUCAAUGUAGUGGGUAUAGUGUACUGGAGCUCUCCCCUUCUAGCCACAUGCAAAGCAUUUGCCCAGCAGGGUGCAGGAAUGUGCUUGUGAUUGAGUGAUCCAACGUGGUGGAUAGAGAAACAGCUUAGACCACAGAAACAGUCUAGACGCAGGAAUGAAGGAGAGUAACAAAGUCUGUAUUACACUAUUAGUGUCUAAGGGCUUGAAUAACGUCUGACAGCAUGAGGUUUAAGUGAGGAGAGAUCUUGUCUGUUUAUCUGAGGCAUAUUUUGGCUGAUUAUCAAUGGUUCUUUAUUGUCACGUAUGCACAACGCAGUGAGAGUAUUUUGCAGUCGCCAUAUUUUGGCGGAAAAAGUCCAAAGUCCACACGCUGGGCAUCCACGCAUAUUCGAGGGCAGGCGUGCAUUUGAGUUAAUAUCACAUCCAAAAGAGGAUGCAGCAGUACUUUGCUUCUGUGUCGGUACAGGAUUUGAACACACAACCUACUGACUUGGAGACAGGAGUGCGUGCUCCACACGGGAAUAAUCGGAGUGUCCCGUCCGAUGCCACCAGCUAUUCAGACCCAAAGGCCAUGGGUGUCAUCUCCAGCAUGUACUAGGUUCCUUGAGUUGCGGUAGACUGCUGUGGAAAUGUGAUCAAAGGGUAAAUCUACCGAGAAAGAUUCCCAAUCCUGAUUUUCGUGAAGUGAGUCGUGCUGUUUUGUGGGUUGAAUUGUGAAGCUCCUGGAAGUUGAAUAACUACCCUGUGGCACUCACGGGUCACACAUGAAAUUCGGCAUUUUGAUAUCGGAAGUCCCACUACCUUUGGAACUGUGUUAAAUACUUUGGGAGAGCAUUUAUAAAUAAAUAAUUUGGGAGAGGGCCGGGUUUAAAAUUAAUAGAAUGUUCAAAUAUUUACUGAAAUCUCUCUUAUGAACAUUUUAUUCACUUUCUCCGCAUCAUAGUGGAUGAAGGAAAGUCAUUAGAAAUGUGUAUUUUAACACAGAGGAAAGCCCAGGUGUCUGCAAUAACAAUCGGAGAUCUUGAGAUCCAAUCUGUGUCUGCACUUGUACAGUGUUUCUGAUGUCUGUUGGUGCCACAGAAUAAUAGGUAUUCCAGCAGUGGUAUAUGUCACUAGCCUUCCAAUGUGUCUGUAUAAUGAGUACUUUUAAAGGAGUAAAGUAGCUGAUUCAUGUUGCUUUCAAAAGAGGUAACUUGGCUUGUAGCAAGGUCCUCGGAAUGAUCAUGUAUAAUAGAGGUCGAGUCCACGCUUAGUUCUGCUGCCGCACUAUAGAACUAUGUACCUGAUUAUGUCCUGCCUUUACAUUUUAAGGUGAGAGGGGAACAUUUAAUAGACAAUAGACAAUAGGUGCAGGAGUAGGUCAUUCGGCCCUUCAAGCCAGCACUGCCAUUCAGUGUGAUCAUGGCCAAUCAUCCCCAAUCAGUACCCCGUUCCUGCCUUCUACCCAUAUCCCCUGACUCCGGUAUCUUUAAGAACCCUAUCUAGCUCUCUCUUGAAAUUAUCCAGAGAACCGGCCUCCACCGCCCUCUGAGGCAGAGAAUUCUGCACACUCACAACUCUCCGUGAGAAAAAGUGUUUCCUCAUCUCCGUAUCUCCGUAAUAGGAACGUAAUGAGAGGCAACGUUUUCACACAGAAAGGGAAUAUGAAAUGUGGGUGUAUGGAACGAGCUGCCGAAGCAGGUUGUUGAGACAGGUGCUAUCGCAACGUUUAAGAAUCAUUUAAACAGGUGCACGGAUAGGACAGGUUUAUGGGCCAAAUGCAGGCUGGUGGGACUAGUGUUGAUGGAGGGUGUGGGCAAGUUGGGCUGAAGGGCCUGUUUCCACGCUGAAUGACUCUAUGACUCUAAUGUACAAUGAUGAUGUCCAUUCACUGUACUGUCCCUUGUGGGGAUUGUUGGCUUGACCCAGAUAUUAUCUCUACAGGAAUAUUGUUCAGAGAAUUGCAUAGAAAGUCUGAUUUGUCACACUCACAUACUAUUGUACGUUACAGUCAUAGAGAGAUAUACUGUAAAUGGAAACAGGCCCUUCAGCCCAUCAAGUCCAUGCUGACUAUCAAUCACCCAUGUACACUAACCCUACAUUCAUCCUUUUCUUUUACUCUUUCCAUAUACUCAUAUUCCCCUCCCAGAUUCUCCCACUUGCUUACACAGCAGGAGCACCUUGCAGUCACCAAUCAAUCUAUAAUGCCUACAACUUUGGGAUGUGGGGGAGGAAAUGGUAGUGCCCAGGGGAGACCCACGUGGUCACCGGGAUUAGACAUAAAAUGCUGGAGAAACUCAGCGGGUGAGGAGAGAAUGAAUAGGCGACGUAAUUGAAUAACCAGUAUAAACCACAGCUGCCAUGUUAGCAAACCAGCAACAGGCAUGAAUUCCAACAAGCCCCACACAUCAUGAGGUUGAGAGGAAACCAGAAGAAUCCAAUUUAAUUUUAGUUUAGUUUAGUUUCAAGAUACAGUGUGGAAACAGGCCCUUCGGCCCUACGAGUCUGCACUAACCAGCAAUCCCCGUAUACUGACACAAUCCUACACACACUAUGGAUAAUUUACAAUUGUCAAGCAACCUGUUGCAAUUGUCUACCAACCUACCAACCUGUACUUCUUUGGAGUGGGAGGAACCCGGAGAUCCUGGUGACAACCCAUGUGGUCACAGGUAGAACGUACAAACUCCAUACAUACAGCAUCACAGUCAGGAUCAAACUCAGGUCUCUGGCGCUGUAAGGCAGCAACUCUACCACUGCGCCACCGUGCCGCUCGGUGUCAAUAUAAAAGCCACACUUACCAGAAAAUGAUAGUUAAAGUUCAUUUCUUUGCUCCAAACAAAAUCCUGUGUAUGAAAGCUUAAAAACAGUAGGGGAUGAAUGGAGCUUUAGUGCCAGUAUUAUUCAGCUAUGAUAUUUGGUACU